AUUCCAUGCAUUUUUAACACACACAGUUUGCGCAUAACUUGUUGUGCACAGCACAGUAGAAUUGCUCCACAAGCCCUCUCUGCCAGGCAGGUUUUUAUCGCCGCAAGCCAUCGUAUUCGUAUCCACAUGUAACUGAGUGCUUCACGAGCCCACAUUCCGGUUAUAAUCUGACAGAUUACGGCAUCAACAAUCUUCACAGACUCUACCUCUCCUCCUCCAGGUAUUUGGUAGAACUACACAAAUCAGCUCCUGAGGAAGCUGUUUCUCCGACGGUUCGUGUGCGUCGUGUUUCUCGGAGAGUUUAUCUGGGAAGAAAACGGAAGACAGGAACGUGUGUCUUCAUUCACCGUUUGAUGUCAAGUAGCUAGACUUUCAUUCAUGCUAAGGACGGGUUGAGAUAGACAUCUGAGAUCAGAUUGGCUGAACAACAAUUUCUCACUGAUACGCCGUAGUCGUUAGGUUGCUGGUGGCCGUAGAGAAACACAAUGGGAAAACAGAACAGUAAACUCAAACCAGAAAUUCUGGCUGACCUCAGGCAACAGACAGAGUUCAACGAGAGUGAACUACAAGAAUGGUACAAGGGAUUUCUUAAAGAUUGCCCGAGUGGUCAUCUCAACGUGUCCGAGUUCAAGAAGAUAUACGGAAACUUUUUCCCUUAUGGGGACGCCUCGAAAUUCGCAGAGCACGUGUUUCGCACGUUUGACGUCAACAAUGACGAUUCAAUUGACUUUCGCGAGUUUAUCAUUGCGCUGAGCGUGACGUCGCGGGGGAAGCUCGAGCAGAAGUUGAAAUGGGCCUUCAGCAUGUACGACCUGGACGGCAACGGGUACAUCUCCAGACAAGAAAUGUUGGAAAUUGUUGAAGCUAUCUACAAGAUGGUCGGCACAGUCAUGAAGAUGCCGGAAGACGAGUCGACCCCAGAGAAGCGUACAGACAAGAUCUUUCGCCAGAUGGAUAAGAAUCUCGACGGCAAACUCUCGCUCCAGGAGUUCGUGGAAGGCGCCAAAAGCGACCCAUCCAUUGUAAGGUUGUUACAAUGCGACCCAAGCGGAGGCGGUGGAAGUUUGAUGUAAACCUUUAGACCCCUUUUAUUUAGGCAGCCAGUAUUAGUCAAAAAAAACAUUAUCAUUUUGUUUCAUUUUGUUCCCGAUUUUCCUACGCUUUUCAAACUUUUUUUGAACAAAUAUAAUGUGUGCUAGCAAAAGCUCUACCAAAAGCUCGCCAGAAAUGUAAGAACGUUUUGUUUUGUUUUUUGUUUUUUCCUCCAAAUGGUACGCUCGUUUGCUUUUCGUUUAAAAGAAAGUUUAAGCAAGGUUGUAGUUGUAGAUCUUCUUAAGUAGCGUUCUUGCACUGAGAGCAUUCACGCAACAUAUUUCAAAACUCAAACAAAGUUACUUGGAUGAUUAAGUGUCUUAUAUGAAGAUUUUUCAAUGUGAACAUUUUUUAAAGUUUAAUUAAAACUACUGUACAUGUAUUUAUAAGAUGUUUAAGAAAAUCAUAUGGUAAGGAAUGCCCUGUAAAUGGAGUCGUUGGGGUAGCCACAGUUAAAUAGUCAUUGUAAACUAAGAACCGGAAAGAAUUUGCAACAAACAAAAUAAUAAUAGUUUUAACUUUCGUGAACAUCUCUGCAAAAAUGCUAAGUGGGGACUGUCUUAGCUUGAGUAACUUAAUCUCUCAUGUACAUAUUGCCUAUAUGGGAAGGGUGGUGUAGUUUCAUCGCCCACGUCACAAUGUUAGCUUCAUCGACUAUGAGUUUUUAUAAAUUCAUGACUUCUGUUUCACAUAUAUUCUAAUCUUACGGAGGCCCUCCAUCUCAUUGAUAAAAUGUCUGUUUGCGGUUGCGCUACGUGUUCAAACCAUGACACAAGGGAAUUCCAAGAUAAAUUAUGCAUAAACAUGGGCUAGCUCUGGAGCCAGAAACACUGUAGUGUCAAGUUGACAACCCAAUGCAUUAAGCACAUCACGUAUCAACUUACUGAACAGAGGCCGGGUGCUUCACGUAGGCCAGGGAGGCAAUUGCCUCUCUGCCCCUUGAAAUGCUUUCAAAUUGCCCUCAUAGAUGUGCCCUGUGGCAAGCUAAAGCUGCUUUGACUCUUAGAUGAGUUUGCAGCUAUGGUGACACAUUAUGUAUUCUCCCAUCAAGGGAACUUGGGUUAAAUUAUGCCAACUACGAACCCUGAAGUAGUUCAAAACAGAGAGCGUACGCUUCACCCUUGCACAUGCGUAUUGACUGACCAAUAGGAUGGAGGCUAUCAUAGCAGGAGCCAUCUUGUAUCCUCCAAUCAACAGCACACAAUCGAAAACCGAGGCAAGAUGCAUCAGGGCAUCUUUUGACAUCUCAGAUUUUUCAAUUCCUCUUGAAGAAAGAAAAUAUAUUACAAGUUCUCGCUUUAACAGGUCGUUUACUUUCAUGAAUAACUUGAAGACAAUAACGGCUGUGAACAUAAUGUGUUUCUUCACCAAACUCUAAAAGAGUCUGUGAGGUAUAGUAGAGUACAUGUAUGGUGUAUGCGCAUAUUGAUCAUGGCCGCUAUGCCACAAAUCGGCGUCUUAAUUCUCCAACUGGGACAGAUUAGUGACAUUAUGCCACGAUUGUCUCUACUGACUGCAUAAAGCAUUCCUGUCUUCACACUUCUAAGGAUAGAUUGUGCUCCGGAAAGGCACCCGACUUUUUUGUUCUUGCCCAUAUUGGACUCCUCCAUUUCAUCAGCAGGGCAACGGAUACUGGCAUCUUAACAUGGCUAUAUUUUAGGUCAAACUGGCAUGAAGCUCGCCAUGUUGGACUCCUCCAUUUCAUCAGCGAGGCAACGGAUACUGGCAUCUUAACAUGGCUAUAUUUUAGGUCAAUCUGGCAUGAAGCUUGCCCAUGUUGGACUCCUCCAUUUCAUUAGAGGGGCAUUGGAGACUAGCGUCCCAACAGGGCUAUACAUAAGGUCACUCCGGCAUGAAACUUGCACAAAUCAGCUUGCUUCGUGCGGCCUUCUUCUUUGCAGUUGUUCACUUUUUAAUACAGUAAAAUAUAUCAACAUUUUACACAUUGAAAGUCUAUUUUCUUGGUGUUUCAUAGUGUCAUUUUGUUUUCACUUUUGCAUGUAGUGGUGGUGUAUGUUUUGGUGACUCAUCCUGAAAGAGAUAUUUAACUUAAUCCAAUUCUUAAAAUAAAAUCAUGAAAUAUUUAAUACUUAUCGGCACAAGGAUCGUUGAGGUGUUUUCCUUAGUGUUGAAUCUUUUUUAAAGGUAGUAGAGCAAGUACUGUUUUCUUAAAUCCACCCCCCCCCCCUCAUCUGAGUCCUUAAUUUUUAAUUUAAAUUUUAAUUUUUCCUCGCCUUCUUCACAGCAUGUACAAAAUUAAUAUUUUUCGAAGACAAAACUUUCCAACUCCCUCCCUCCAACAACCUCCUUCCCAGGCAGUAUUCCCUUUACUUCUGUUAAAAGGUCAACAAAGGAAAACACUUGGGACACUAGUUGGCAGCAGACUUGACCAGGUAAAAUCUUUCCAAGGCCGUGUCCGAAAUGACGUCUUCGGCUACAGCUACGGCUAGAUCAGUGCGUCUGCUAGUGUUAGAGUUUCACGUUAUAGAUAGCUUUUUUUAAACUAUUGUGUUGUGGGUUUGGUCCUUCACCAUUUCUUCAACUUUAAUCACAUUGAUUAUUGGUCAUCCCAUGUCUGAACGUCAAGCAUAUUUCACCGGUUAGCAGGGAAUUUUGGCUUGUGGGCGUGCGUACUUCACGUUUUUAGGCAUUCUUCUCUUUACAAAGCAAGUGGAGAAUGACGAUCGUAAGCGCAGAAUUUGGCGGUAAGCAGAGCCAUAAAAUUGGGCCCUGUUAUUUCUUCAGGGUUGACCUCGGAUUAAAACUUCUCAUGUCACCUUUUUUGUAUCGAUCAGGUUUUUUUCUCAUUAAUCAUGUGCACACUGUGGAAACGUUUUUCUUGUUGUAUAUUAUCCAUCAUGAAAUAUAUAUAUAAUCAUGUUUUAUAUUCUUGAUCAGCUUUGCACUCGAUAGGUGUUGAUUAAAAACUGUAUAUGUACAUGAUAGGUCAUCAUAAUGCUUGCACUAAUUAACGUAUGCGUAGUACAGAUCGUAGAAACUGGUCCCUUAAGCCCUGCCCCUUCGACCUAUCCAAGAUUACACCACAAAAAGCUUGACUAAUAUCUGUGUAUGCUUACGAGGAGCGCAUAGAGAGCAGCAUUGCUGAAGUUCAAAUAAUGCGAGCGAUGGGCGGGACUUAAUGGAUCGGUUGGUUUUGUUGUCACAAAUUGUUUUGUAAAUUUCCUAUUUAUUUGAAUCCAAUCAUUUUCUCUUGCAUAACAUCCAUUCAAUUAAGUCAAAUUUGUAGAAUGCUACCACAGGGUUCAGUUGACGGUAAAAAGCGUAAUCAGUUGCUCGAGCAUAUCGGCCCCCACCCCUCCCAACCCAAAGGCUGGCUAAAAGAUGCCCACUUGUAAGCAUAAAAUAUUUUGACUCUUUGAUGAUAAUGUGAGAGUGUGAUUUUGCUUCAUGGUGCGAAAUAUUCUCAAUAACAACGAGUCCAAUGGGAUGGAUUAUGGGGGAUUUGUAGAUGUUUAACAGCGGAGGACAUUGUUUUGCAAAACCUUAGUCUCUCCCAACCUUCGUAUAAACCCGUACAGAUAAACCUGCCUGAUAUCAAUUUUUUUUUUUAUGAGCAUCAGAUGUUUUGGGUCUCAUGCGACCUCGACAGAGUCUCUUGUGGAUGAAUUUGCUAUGAUGCCAGAGAGAGUGUUUGUAUUGCAUUAAAAACAGUCUGGUUACUAUCGAUUGGUUUUGUUUUCAAGACCGUUUGGCGAGUCUUGGGAUAAGACCAGGGAUGGAUUUCACAAAGAGUUAGGACUAGUCUUAUCUUGAGUUAGGACCAGUUACUCGUCCUUAAUUUGGACUA